GAAUCCAGAGAUGUGGAGGGCUGUGAUUGGUUUGCAUCAUCUUUUCAGACAUAAAACAUACACUAUAAAAAGACGCGUAAAAGCCAUUGAUAUCCAUUUUUUCUAUAACUCAGCAAGAUAUGAAGAAGAUAUUGCUAUGUUUCAUCUAAGCAAAUCUAUCACAUUUAAUAACUAUGCUCAGCCCGCCUGCUUGCCUAAUGUUACUCUUGCCUUGACUUCUGAUAUGAAAUGUUUUAUAAGUGGGUGGGGAAUGCAAAAAGAAAAAGGCAAAGGCAGCCUCACAUUGCAAGAAGCUCAGCUAAAAAAUUUUUCACUAGAUACUUGCAAUCAAUAUGACUGGCAUGCAGGAACAAUACCAGAUACUGCUUUCUGUGCUGGAUCUGAAACUGGAGAUGUUGAUACCUGUCAGGGAGAUAGUGGUGGACCUCUGGUAUGCUAUUUAUCAGAUUCUAAAUACUACGUUGUAGGAAUCACCAGCUAUGGUAUUGGCUGCGGCCGACCAAAAUUUCCAGGAGUUUACACUAAUUUGCCUAAGUACAUGUUCUGGGUGAGGAGACACCUAAGCGAAGCCAACACUGUUAGCAUUCAGCAGGUUCUUUUCUUGCUUGUGGUGUGGAACGUUUUCCAACUAAUUGUAUGA